AUUUCCCUGAAGCCCAUAUCAGAGCGAGCCUCCGCCCAUGACGCCCCCGCCCAGUCCGGUCUGAGCUGUGAAGAGGUUUGGACGACAGACGGAAGGACAGAGAACGGGAAGACGGUCCAGCAGGUCAGGAUCGAAGAUGAGUUCCCCUCCAGAAAUCCUCCUGGGAACUCUGGAGAACCUGAGGGAUGAAGACUUCAAAAGGUUCAAGUGGUAUUUGAGUCAGAACGGCGUCCUUGAAGGCGUGAAGCCAGUCAGCAAGAGCAGCCUGGAGUCGUCGGACCGGACCGACACGGUGGACAGGAUGCUGCAGUGCUACAGCACUCGCGCUCUGUCCGUCACCAGAACGGUUCUCACCAAGAUGAACAUGACGGGUCUGCUGGACAACAUCCCAGAAUCCACCUGGGCUCCUCAAGAAAUAUUGAAGAGCUGUCAGGAUACUCUCAAGUCCAACCUGAAGUUUCAGUCCGUGUCCGAAGGCAUUGCUAAAAUGGGCAACUCAACCCCCCUGAACCAGAUCUACACAGAGCUCCACAUCACAGAGGGAGGGGCUGCCGAGGUCAACCAGGAACAUGAGGUCCGACAGAUUGAAGCAGCUUCCAGGACAGCAGACAGAGAAGGAACAAGCAUCAGACUAGAAGACAUCUUUAAAGCCUCACCUGGAAGAUCUAAACCCAUCAGAAGAGUGCUGACAAAGGGAGUGGCUGGCAUUGGGAAAACGGUCCUGACUCAGAAGUUCACUCUGGACUGGGCUGAAGACAAAACCAACCAGGACGUCCACUUCACAUUUCCAUUCUCCUUCAGAGAGCUGAAUGUGCUGAAGGGGAAGAAGUUCAGCUUGGUGGGACUUGUUCAUCACUUCUUCACUGAAACCAAAAAAGCAGGAAUCUGGAGCUUUGAAGACUUCCAGGUGGUCUUCAUCUUGGACGGUCUGGAUGAGUGUCGACUCCCUCUGGACUUCCAGCACACUGACUUCCUGACUGAAGUUACAGAGUGCAGCUCAGUGGAUGUUCUGCUGACAAGCCUCAUCAGGGGGAAACUGCUUCCCUCUGCUCGCCUCUGGAUCACCACCCGACCUGCAGCAGCCAAUCAGAUCCCUGCUGACUGUGUGGACAGGGUGACAGAGGUCCGAGGGUUCACCGACCCCCAGAAGGAGGAGUACUUCAGGAGGAGGUUCAGAAAGGAGGAGCAGGCCAGCAGGAUCAUCUCCCACGUCCAGACCUCCAGGAGCCUCCACAUCAUGUGCCACAUCCCGGUCUUCUGCUGGAUCACGGCUACAGUUCUGGAGAAGGUGUUGAAGAGCAGAGAGGGAGGAGAGCUGCCCAAGACCCUGACCCAGAUGUACAUCCACCACCUGGUGGUCCAGGCCAAACUCAAGAAGGUCAAGUAUGAUGGAGGAGCUGCCACAGAUCCACCCUGGAGUCCAGAGAGCAGGGAGAUGAUGGCGUCUCUGGGAAAACUGGCUUUUGAGGAGCUGCAGAAAGGAAACCUGAUCUUCUAUGAACCCGACCUGGCAGAGUGUGGCAUCGAUCUCACAGCAGCCUCACAGUACUCAGGAAUGUUGACCCAGGUCUUCAGAGAGGAGAGUGGCCUGUACCAGGACAAGGUGUUCUGCUUCAUCCAUCUGAGCCUUCAGGAGUUUCUGGCUGCUCUUCAUGUCCAUCAGACCUUCAUCAAGUCUGGAAUCAACCUGCUGGAAGAACAACAGCAAACCUCCAGGAGGUCAAAUAUUUGGAAACCUCUCCACCUUCUCCAUCAGAGAGCAGUGGACGAGGCCUUGAAGAGUCCAAAUGGACACCUGGACUUGUUCCUCCGCUUCCUCCUGGGUCUUUCACUGCCAACCAAUCAGAGUCUCCUUCGAGGUCUGCUGAAACAGACAGGAAGUAGCUCACAGACCAAUAAGAAAACAGUCCAGUACAUCAAGGAGAAGCUGAGUGGGGGUCUGUCUGCAGAGAGAAGCAUCAAUCUGUUCCACUGUCUGAAUGAACUGAAUGAUGGUUCUCUGGUGGAGGAGAUCCAACAGUCCCUGAGAUCAGGACGUCUGUCCACAGAUGGACUGUCUCCUGCUCAGUGGUCAGCUCUGGUCUUCAUCUUACUGUCAUCAGAAGAAGAUCUGAAGGAGUUUGACCUGAAGAAGUACUCUGCUUCAGAGGAAGCUCUUCUCAAGCUGCUGCCAGUGGUCAAAGCCUCCAGCAAAGCUCUGCUGAGCAGCUGUGGUCUGUCAGAGAGAAGCUGUGGAGCUCUGUCCUCAGUCCUCAGCUCUCAGUCCUCCAAUCUGACACAUCUGGACCUGAGUAACAACCAGCUGCAGGACUCAGGAGUGAAGCUACUGUCUUCUGGACUGGAGAGUCCUCGCUGGAAACUGAACACUCUCAGGCUGAGCAGCUGUGGUCUGUCAGAGAGAAGCUGUGGAGCUCUGUCCUCAGUCCUCAGCUCUCAGUCCUCCAGUCUGACACAUCUGGACAUGAGUAACAACGACCUGCUGGACUCAGGAGUGAAGCUACUGUCUUCUGGACUGGAGAGUCUUCACUGUCAACUGGAAGCUCUCAGUCUGUCAGGGUGUCUGGUCUCAGAGGAAGGCUGUGCUUCUCUGGUCUCAGCUGUGAGCUCCAAGUCCUCCCAUCUGAGAGAGCUGGACCUGAGCUACAACCAUCCAGGAGCCUCAGGAGUGGAGAAGCUGUUUGCUGCAGUGGAGGAUACACAGUGCAGUCUGGACACUCUCAGGGUGGAGCCGGAUGGAAUGCGGUGGUUAAAACCUGGUCUCAGGAAGUAUUUCUCGAAACUUCAGCUGGACAUGAACUCCAUGAGCAGGGAGCUUGAAGCGUCCCUCAGCGAUGGGAAGGUGACCCACGUGGAGCAGAAGCAGCUGUAUCCGGAUCACCCGGACCGAUUCCAGGACUCGGGCUGCCCCCAGCUGCUGUGUGAGGAAGUCCUGAGCGGGCGGAGCUACUGGGAGGUGGAGUGGGCUGGAGGUGCCUGUGUGUCGGUGAGCUACAGGGGGAUUGGGCGGAGGGGGGACAGGAAGGACUGCGUGUUUGGAUGGAACCGUCAGUCCUGGAGCCUGAACUGCUCCAAUGAAGGUUACUCCGUCUGCCACGACAACAGAGUGACCUCCGUCUCCUCCUCCUCCUCCUCCUCCUCUGGUAGAGUAGGAGUGUAUGUGGAUUUUUCUGCUGGCUCUCUGUCCUUCUUCAGAGUCUCCUCUGACUCUCUGAUCCACCUCUACACCUUCAACACCACCUUCACCAAACCCCUGACUGCUGGAUUUGGACUCUGGUCCUUUGGGCACUCAGUGAGACUGUGCCCUCUGUAGGAUGGAAGGUCUCUGUCUAUGUCUCUGAGGGGACCACCCCGCCCGUACCCCCUACCCCCGCAGCCUGUAACCACCCACGUACCCCUGUACCCCACCCCCACCCCUGUACGCACCCCUGUACACCACCGUACGUCUCAGUCUUUAUCCAAAACUUGACCCAGACAUUAUUGAUGGAGAGGACAGAAUGUUUAAAGGGAUGUUUAUUCAAGAACAGGAGACAAUUGUUUUAAUCAUUUUAUAGUAAGCUAGAAAAUUAUAGAAAAAUGUUACUUUGUGCCUGCCAGCUGCUGCCCACUGCUGUGUGUGUGUGUGUGUGUGUGUGUGUGUGUGUGUGUGUGUGUGUGUGUGUUUGUAUAACUCCUCCAUAUCCACUAUGACCUCUGAGCUGAGAGCAGCCAUGACAGUCUGCAGCUGCUCUGUUGCCAUGGAAACCAGCUCCACUCAGCAGCCAGGACAGUGAUUCAGCAGUUUUUCAUGCAGUGGGCAUGGUUGAAGAAAUGGCG